AUGGGAAAGGGUAAACUGAAACUUGCUUUGAUUUCCGACGCUAAGGCGAGGAGAAUCACCAUCAGAUUAACUCCCGUGGAUCUGAAAGAUUUAGGUUCUCUGAUUGACAAAUAUCUGGAAGAUGUUAACAGGAGGAUCGAGGUUUUGGAGGAUUCUCGUGGGGAGAUCGGUGAAUCCUAUGCUGCUGGUGGUCCUUCUGAAGGGCUUGGAUCUGCUCCAGCCGCUACGAUUGAUGAGGAUGAUUCUUCUUCCUCAUCAACAACUGCCGCAGCCCGCAUGUUUCAUUAA